AUGGCAGUGUGGGAGAAUUCCGAGGAGGAGUUCUCUGAGGCUUUGAAGUCUGUGCGUCUCUGGUGGAAACCUGUGGAGGCAGCGAUCCGUGGCCGUCGUGUGGACCUUUUGCAGGGCGCUCUCAAGGAGGCUCAUGGCGAAAGUUAUCUCAGGACUGUCUAUGCAGUGCGGCGAAGUGCAAGCUUAGACCCUGCACAUCGCCAUUCUGUGGAGAUGGAGAUGGCUGCGAGACUUGUCAAAGCAAGGGCUGUUCUUGGCAAGUGGCAGGCAGGCGUAGAGGAGAUCAAGAAAGCUCAUCGGGCGAGAGAUGUGGGUGGCCUUGCUCAAGCCCUAUCCCGCUUUCAGCAUUCAGCAGAUGAUGCAGAGGUAUCAGGUGCACGUCAAGAUCUGGAGCGAUGGCGCAGACUGGCAGAAGAGCUGCCCAAGUUGCUGAAGGAAGCCCUGGACCGCCGCGACGUGCCCAAGCUGCGCGAGGCCAUUGUGGACAUGAGUAAAGAUGGUCCCAUGAACAUCGACGGCGCCGAAGAAGCCAAGAAGAUGAUCAAGAGGUACCAAAUUCGGGCGCGAGCGCUGGACCAUGCUGUGGGUGAGAGGAAGAUCUCUUCGAUCCAGGCUGCUUUAGCGACAUGGGACUUUGGCAGAGAUGACAUCCACGCUGUGAAGGCGCGUCAGGCCAUCGCACGACGAGAUCAGCAGAAACAGAAACUGCAGGAAGCCGUGCAGAAACGCGAUGGACCCCGUCUGCACCAAGUGGUGAACGACUGGGAGUUUGAUCGUAGCGAUGAGGACUUUCAGGAAUCACUGCAAGCCUUGACGCGCUAUGAGAAGAUGAUCAUGGAUGUUGGGAGGAUGAUGGGUCCUCCAAUGGAUAUCGUGGCCCUGGCGCAUGUGCUGGAUAACUGGGAGUGGUCCAAAGAUGACCUGGUGCGACUAGCAACCCAGAAGCGGAUCAGCGAGCACGAAAAUGCGGCUCGGAACGCUUUAGAGGCCAAGGAUGGUUGGAAACUUCAGAGAAUUUGGCAAUUCGACGCGUCCGUGAAGCCAAAGGGAAAGGGAGGAACAUCAGCACUUCAUAACCAGAUGGCUGGUAUCAAGUGGAAAGCGACUGUGGCGAAGAACCGCUACCGAGAAGCCACCAACGCUCUACGGGAAGCAAUACAUGAUGCGGUGGAGGAAUCUGACUACAUGCGCGCAGAGGCUUUUGCCGAGGUGGAAGUCCCCGAGGGAGAGGACGCCAUCCAGGCACCACAUCCCAGCGUGCUCAUGAGCCUAACAAAGUUUGGUGUGACUGGAAUGCCGCCCAAAGAGCAUGAUCUACACACACUGGUAGAGAACUGGCCUUUCAGUUCGGAUGACCCAACUGUGCAGUUAGCAGCCCAUUGGUUGCAUUCGAGAUCUUUGUUGAAGAAAAGCUCGGUGAGCUACCUGGACAUUGCCAUCAAUGGUGGUCAUUCGCAAAGCAUCGUCAAGGCAUAUUCACGAGCGGCCGCCGUGGCAGUGCCACCACGGAUCUACCAUAAGUUCGUUAAGCUGCCAAGCAACAUUCUGAGGGCAAAGGAGGAGGCUUUGAUGCGAGAAGCCAUCAUGCAAGCUGUGGGUGCCAUGUGUUUAGGUGUUGAGCCGCAUCAGCUGAUUUUGGCCUCUGGCUUUGCCAAGGAGAUGGCAGAAAAG